UGGUGCGGAGAGCGGGCGGGGCGGGGGAGGCGGGCAGGAUGAACCUGGAGCUGCUGGAGUCCUUUGGACAGAAUUAUCCAGAGGAGGCAGAUGGAACACUGGACUGUAUUAGCAUGGCCCUCACCUGCACCUUUAACAGGUGGGGCACCUUGCUGGCUGUCGGAUGCAAUGAUGGCCGCAUCGUCAUUUGGGACUUCUUGACGAGGGGCAUUGCCAAGAUCAUUAGCGCCCACAUACAUCCCGUCUGCUCACUAUGUUGGAGCCGAGAUGGGCAUAAAUUAGUCAGCGCUUCCACUGACAACAUCGUGUCACUUUGGGAUGUUCUGUCCGGAGAUUGUGACCAAAGGUUCCGUUUUCCUUCACCGGUUCUCAAAGUGCAAUUCCAUCCCAGGGAUCAGAACAGAGUGCUGGUCUGCCCAAUGAAGUGUGCACCGGUUCUGCUGACUCUCUCGGAUUCCAAGCACGUAGUUCUACCUGUAGAUGACGACUCGGAUCUUAACGUUGUGGCAUCUUUUGACCGGCGAGGAGAUUAUAUUUACACAGGGAAUGCCAAGGGAAAGAUUUUGGUGUUAAAGACUGAUACACAAGAGUUGGUGGCUUCAUUCCGCGUCACAACAGGCACCAGCAAUACCACGGCUAUCAAAUCUAUCGAAUUUGCAAGGAAAGGCAGCUGUUUCUUAAUAAACACGGCAGACAGAAUCAUUCGAGUGUACGAUGGCAGGGAGAUCUUAACUUGUGGGCGGGACGGUGAGCCUGAACCGAUGCAGAAGCUGCAGGACCUGGUGAACAGAACACCUUGGAAGAAGUGUUGUUUCUCUGGGGACGGAGAGUACAUCUGUGCUGGAUCGGCACGGCAACAUGCUCUCUACAUCUGGGAGAAGAGCAUUGGAAACUUGGUGAAGAUUCUGCACGGCACACGGGGCGAGCUGCUACUGGAUGUAGCGUGGCACCCUGUCAGACCGAUCAUUGCUUCUAUAUCCAGUGGGGUUGUAUCCAUUUGGGCUCAGAAUCAAGUGGAAAACUGGAGUGCUUUUGCUCCAGACUUUAAAGAGUUGGACGAGAAUGUUGAAUAUGAAGAGAGAGAAUCUGAGUUUGACAUUGAGGAUGAAGAUAAGAGUGAGCCGGAACAGACUGGUGGAGAUGCGGCAGAAGAUGAGGAAGUUGAUGUGACGUCUGUGGAUCCAAUCGCUGCUUUUUGUAGCAGUGAUGAGGAAUUUGAAGAUUGCAAAGCCUUGCUUUACCUUCCAAUAUCACCAGAAGUGGAAGAUCCUGAGGAGAACCCUUACGGACCUCCCCCAGAACCUGUGCAGAACCCUGGAACCGAAGAGCUGACCAACCCAGAGAAAAAGAGACAGGCAUCAACUGAUGGAUCCCAGCCACCCAAGAAGAAACCCAAAAUGACUAACAUUGAACUACAAGGAGUACCAUCUGAUGAAGUUCACCCGUUGCUGGGCGUGAAGGGCGACGGCAAGUCGAAGAAAAAGCAAGCGGGCCGGCCAAAAGGAACGAAAGGUAAAGAGAAAGAUUUCAUUAAGUCGAAAGCAUUCAAAGGGGACAGAGGUCAACCUUUGGAAGGAGCAGUGAAGGGCAAGGAGCUGGCGGAAGUGGUCGAGCCACCCGCAGGAGGAGCCGUCAUUUCCGACCUGCUGUAAAGUUGUAAGAAGAUGCUUCUUCAUCCUUGCAAUUAUCGUGCUGCCUUCGUACUUUAGUAGGUAUGAUGGUGCAAUGUCCAGAAAGAGUAUGGCUGUUGGUCAAGUCGAGCACCCAACCCAAAGGGACCUUUCGUGAACCACGAGAGGCUUUCCCUUCCAUCCUUCUGAAGUCCGUGGGCCUUGGAAAGCCGAUCGAUCCACUUCACGUCCUGAGCAAUGCUGUGGAGAUGCCAAGCUGAAGUACAUUUUUAUCUUCAAAUGUCAUGGAGAUAUGUAGAGUUGCAUUUCACAUUGUACCGUAACAGAGGGCACACAUCAGAAACGUGUGCAAGGUUCAGCAGAGUGCCCGAAACUUUAUUUUGUUUUUGGAUUCUUUUAACCUCAUGCAGUUUUGCAUUUGAAGAGUUUUCUAUGAUUAAUUGUUUUAGACUCUGGAAGGUUAUCUGCUUUGAACACUGAUUACUCUGGUGCUCCGUGAAGACUCGUGUAGACCAAUUUCUACGGCUCCAUCUCUAACAUCCUUCACGUUUUUUCAUAAAACAGAUUUGUAGUAAUUUCUCAAUGCCUUGGUGUUUAUGUUUCUAAUCUUUUGUAAUGUUGAUCUGUUGACCAGCUGACUAUGAAUGGCUAAAUGUCAUAGAUUUUGUUCUUUGUUCAGGGGCUGGGCUGGUAAUAUUGUUUUUGGACUGCAGCCGAUAUUUUUUAUUGACCUACAAUGUAGAUGGAUACCGUCAUUUCUGAGUUUCUGUUGUUCCCUUGAAGUCUGAUACAUCCACUUUGCAGCUGUGCGUGGUGUCCUCUUGCUACUUGGUACAGACUCGGUCCUAAUCCGAAUAUGGGCAGACCAAGCCCAAAAACCUUACUGGUUGAGGAUAUGCAGAGCCUGAAAUGUUUCUGUUGGUUGAGCAACUCUUGGUAGUAGGCGAGAUGAUUUGCAAAUGGCGACGACUGCUUACCUUUGGUCUCCUGCCUCUCCACUAGGAGAAGGAGUGAUUUUCUGGUGAAGCCAACAACUUGUGUUUAUCAUAGGGCAUGCACUGAUCUCGUCUUUGGGCGUCCAAGACCGUUGAGUUGGAAAUUGGCUCCAUGACCAUGAGAGGACCAAGAGCUCCUUGCCUCUCACGACCCACAGAUGCCAGAGAUUAUGCACCAGAGAUGUGUGCAAGUUGUGUAGCCUUCCCACUGCCCUUGUUGGGUUCAUUAUUAGAGGGCACCUUCAAGGUUCUGACCUGGGUGUCCAAAUAGAAAUGUGUUCCAACAAGGAAAACUCGCCAUAAAAGUAGAUACAUGAAAUCUUCAUAUGAAUGGAUAGCCUGUCUAAACUGUAAUUUAGUUUUGAAAUUUGUGUCUUUAAAAAAAAUGGUUGAUUGGUCUAAUUGAUUUUCCUAAAUUAGACCUCACAAUGAUUCUCAAUUGUUCAAAGUAGUGGAAUGGGCAACUGAGAGUUGUUGAUUUUAAUUGUAAAAUCCCGUAAGCAACUAUGAACUCGGGCAGCUUCUCGGAGUCACGCAUGGCUUAUGGAUAACUUUCACGUGUGUCCCAUCUGUGGUAUUCCUCCUCUCUCCAUCACAUGCACGCCAAUAUCAAGAUCUGGUGCUCAUCAGCUCAUCAUUCCUAUUCACGUUCCCUCGCAUGUUGCCUGCUCCGGGCUUUCCUUUCUGCUGGCCAUUUAAUAAUUCUUCCGUUUUUCUUGACCCUCAAUGCAAAAGAGAACACGCACAGCUGAGGGUUUAAAAUGCCUUCUGCCUUCGAAAUGCAUCUUCAGAAUCCCUUGGUGUCAAAAACCUGCGUGAAAAAUCCACGAUUUUUCUUGAGACUUAGCAUCUGCAUUGUUCUGUUGGCUAUCACAAGGCAACUGUGUCUCUUGUGUCCACUCCUGAAAUGGUCUGAUUCUGAGACACUGUUUCAAAAUGGCUAUUGUCCCCUUCUCUGAGUGAUCUAUUGUAGCAAUUGUGUUCCUUUCUGGAGCCUCCUUCUAUCACGGAUAUCACCACCAGAGGAAAUAAAAAAAUCAAUUUUUAAAGUGUGUAACUGAGAUUAAACACACACCAUUUUAUUUUAAAACUGGUCCAUGAUAAUGUGUUUCAUGCACCACAUUCCUCCUUCCGUCUCCUUCCAUCCUUUUUCAUCUAACCCCCCCCCAUCUCCAUUUCCUUCAGUGCCUUUAUUACUUGUUUUUGUCGAACUUUCCCUUAAGUAUAACUUUGUUAAUCUCCUCGGCUUCUCCCUGCAGUGUCAAAUCGCACCUCUCUGUCUCUCCUCGCCUUGUUCUAAUUUAUUACGGCCCCCACAUUUGCAAGCCUUGGCCCAGAACAAAACAACAGAAUGGUUUUGGAUUGAGUAGGAAGAAACUGCAGAUGUUGGUUUAAACCGAAGAUGGACACGAAAUGCUGGAGUAACGCAGCGGGACAGGCAGCAUCUCUGGAGAGAAGGAAUGGGUGACGUUCAGUCUGAAGAAGGGUCUCGACCCGAAACAUCACCCAUUCCUUCUCUCCGGAGAUGCUGCCUGUCUCGCUGAGUUACCCCAGCAUUUUAUGUCCAUCUUCGGCUUGGGAUUCAGACUGUGUUUAGUUUUUCUGCUGCAUAACAGUACGGAUGGUCAAAGGCAUCUUAUCUCACUGUAGCAGUCCAGCUGCUGCUUUUGUAACUUCUAUUUCCUUUUGCAAAAAAAUGAAAAGAGUUCUCGGGAAGACUGCUACAGACUUGCCCUAAAAACUUGUGGAUUUUUCCUUGGUCCUGUUGAACAGUCAGAUGGUAUCGUUGGAAAAAACAAAAAUCCUUGCAGCUCAUAACAGUAGCAUGAUCCAGAUAGUGGGUACUUUUAGCUGAAAAAAAAGACUCAUGAGCUUUUUGAUAAACUCUUCAGAGAAGGGGUGGCUGUUCUAGAUUUUCCCUCUGUCAUCAUCACAUAAUGGCUGGACCGCUUUUCCUUCCAAUGUUCAAUAUCCUCACGCUGCUGUGAUCUCUCUCUCUGCAGGUAAGAGCUUGCUUCUACAUUUAAACCCCACAGGCAUUGGUUAUGUCAGACACAGUUGUUGUACUUGUACUCUUCCAUUUGGGUAGGGCUGUUUUAUAAUUAUCCUUUUUUAGUGUUGAUGGAAUAAUACCUGCUCAAUCCUUCACGGCAUUCAAAUCGAACAGAUCGAUAGCAUAUUUUUUGAGGAACUUCACGGAGGAUUUGAGUGAUUCAGGCAACGUGGUAUUUAGUAACCAACACCGCUGUACAGAACACCUAGAAGAAUGGUUUGAGCAAAUGUGCAUACGUUUUUUAAAAUUCCUGUAAAUAAUAAACAGUAAUCUGGUUUUAAA